AUGUGUUUGUGGUGUCACUCUAUUGAUGAUCUUCUGGUAACAGGAAGCAAUAAAGCAAUGGUUAAUCAGUUCAUGCAAGAAAUGGAGACCAAGUUUGAAAUGUCAAAUUUGGGUGAAAUGAGUUACUUUCUGGAAAUGGAGAUUCAUCAAGCUACUGCUAGAAUCUUUAUUUCUCAGAGAAAAUAUGCAUGGGAUAUUCUUAAAAGGUUCAAGAUGGAGAGGUGCAAGUCUACACCAACUCCACUGGUACACAAUGAAAAGAUUUCGAAGUUUGAAGGAGGUGACAGGGCUGAUCCAACAAUUUAUAGAAGUCUGAUUGGUAGUUUGCUGUAUUUGACAGCAACAAGACCCGAUCUCAUGUUCGCGGCAAGUUUACUGUCGAGGUUUAUGCAAUCUCGAUGUCAAGUUCAUCUUGGUGUUGCUAAACGAACUUUGAGAUAUAUUGAAGGAACUGCUGAUUAUGGUAUUUGGUUUAAAAGGGAAGAGCAAGGGCAACUGAUGGGUUAUUCAGAUAGUGAUUGGGCAGGAAGCGUUGAUGAUAUGAAAAGCACUUCUGGAUAUGCUUUUACACUUGGUUCAGGCAUGUUCUCAUGGAAUUCAAAGAAGCAAGAGGUGGUAACUCAAUCUCCUACAGAAGCAGAAUGCAUCGCCGCUGCUGGUACAACUAAUCAAGCUCUAUGGUUAAGAAAGAUUCCACGUGAUCUGGAGCAAAAUGACAUUGAAGCUACUGUCAUUAAGGUUGACAACAAGUCAGCAAUAUCUAUGGCCAAAAAUCCAGUGCAACAUGGUCGUAGCAAGCAUAUAAAUGUGAAGUUUCACGCUAUCAGACAAGCAGAGAAGGAUGGCGAAAUUCAACUUGUUCAUUGCAGCUCAGAUCAGCAGAUUGCAGACAUCAUGACCAAGGCUCUUCCUAAGGGGAAAUUUGAAGUUCUAAGGGCUAAGUUGGGAGUAUCCAAGAAAAAUCUCAAGGAGGAGUGUUAG